GUAACAAAACUUGACCCGGUGGAGAAACAGCUAGGAUCUUAGUCUUAGCCUUAAUCUGUAAUUGUAUAGGGAGAGUUGAUUUCAAGUUUGACUUUGUUCAGCUUCUGUCCGAACUUUACUGCCCCGCUAAAAAGCAUUGUAGUCCUUGUCAUUAACGUUACUCUUAAGUUUAUGUAAGUAAAAAGAUUAUAGGCGUAUAAUGCUACAAACUUAUUUCUUGACAUCCUUCCAACUGUUUCACAAUUCAAAAUAUAUAACAACUAACAUUAAUUCUUUUCUCAAUACAGCAUUAAAAUGUUAUUGCCAUCUCUGUACAAAAGACAACUUUACAUGUGUCACAGAUGGGCUCUGUUUUACCUCAGUAACACGGACUGUGGACAAAGUCAUACACAAUAGCAUGUGCAUAGCAGAAAUUGAUCUGAUUCCUCGAGACAGGCCGUUUGUUUGUGCCCCCUCCUCCAGAGACGGAGUGAUUACUGUGUCUCACUGCUGUGACAGAGACCUCUGCAAUAAAAGAGAGCUUCCGAUUCCAACACCAGGCCCAACUCCAGGAAAACCUGCUUCUAAUCUAGGACCUGUGGAACUGGCAGCUGUCAUUGCCGGCCCUGUCUGCUUUGUCUGCAUUUCGCUUAUGUUGAUUCUGUAUCUCUGUCAUAAUCGUACUGUAAUUCAUCACCGCGUACCAAGUGAAGAAGAUCCCUCAUUAGAUCGUCCCUUCAUAUCGGAAGGAACUACUUUAAAAGAUUUAAUUUAUGAUAUGACAACUUCAGGCUCUGGGUCAGGUUUACCUUUACUUGUGCAAAGAACAAUUGCAAGAACUAUAGUACUUCAAGAAAGCAUUGGCAAGGGUCGCUUUGGAGAAGUCUGGCGAGGAAAGUGGAGAGGAGAAGAAGUUGCUGUGAAGAUAUUCUCUUCGAGAGAAGAACGUUCGUGGUUUCGUGAGGCAGAAAUUUAUCAAACCGUUAUGCUACGGCAUGAAAACAUUCUUGGAUUUAUAGCUGCAGACAAUAAAGACAAUGGUACCUGGACUCAGCUGUGGUUGGUGUCAGACUAUCAUGAGCAUGGAUCGCUCUUUGAUUACCUGAACAGGUAUACGGUGACUGUGGAAGGAAUGAUAAAAUUAGCCUUGUCCACUGCCAGUGGCCUUGCACAUCUUCACAUGGAAAUUGUUGGCACACAAGGAAAACCUGCAAUUGCCCACAGAGACUUGAAAUCAAAAAACAUACUGGUGAAAAAGAACGGGACAUGUUGCAUUGCAGAUCUAGGAUUGGCCGUAAGACACGAUUCAGCUACAGACACCAUUGAUAUUGCUCCAAACCACAGAGUGGGAACCAAAAGGUACAUGGCUCCAGAAGUUCUAGAUGAUUCCAUAAAUAUGAAACACUUCGAGUCAUUCAAGAGAGCAGACAUCUAUGCAAUGGGAUUGGUAUUUUGGGAAAUAGCUCGGCGAUGCUCAAUUGGAGGAAUCCAUGAAGAUUACCAGUUGCCAUACUAUGACCUUGUCCCUUCAGAUCCUUCAGUUGAGGAAAUGAGAAAAGUUGUUUGUGAGCAGAAGUUAAGACCCAAUAUUCCAAACAGAUGGCAGAGCUGUGAGGCGUUACGAGUAAUGGCAAAAAUUAUGCGGGAAUGCUGGUAUGCCAACGGAGCCGCGCGGCUCACGGCCCUGCGCAUCAAGAAAACAUUAUCACAGCUUAGUCAACAGGAGGGGAUAAAGAUGUAAUCCUGGCUUUGCCACGGAGGAGAACUGUGGAAAUCUGCCCGCACCAGGUGGCGUGUCACGAAGGUUAAUUGUUCUACCUCACUGAGGGAACAGAAGGAUAUUGCUGCCUUUUAAUUCUUCAUAGGAACAUCGCUUCUUAGCCCCAGGAUUUUUGUGGACGUGCUGAGCAGUUGUGUUGGGUCCUUUCUGUGCACUAUGAACACCUCUUUUCCAGAAUACUUAGAAACUCUUGUGUAGUCUAGUCUUAUUUUUUUUAUUAACCUGUAACUUCUUAUUUGGAAAGCUGAGAGCUGGUGUUAACUUCUAGUUAACUGCGCUAAAAACAAAAUGAAGAUCACUUCUAAAAUGGAACAGGUUUACUAAAUUAUUCUCUAGUAAUGCAUUGAUGGCUUUUUAAGCAAUUUAGUCCUGACUUGGUACAUUGAGUAUUCUAAACCAUUGUCACAGUUCUUUGAUGCAGAUUUUGAAUGUACUAGUGCAGUAUAAUCUGCCAGCUGUAAGGCUGUAUACCUUUUGGGCUCUUACCUUCAUUUUCAAAAUGACCUCAUUCAUUUGUGGGGAACAUAAUUUAUGCAAUUAUACUUUCUACAUGAUUACUUUUUUCUCCACUUUCUCAGAGCAUUAUAUUGCCUUCAAAAUAGAUUGUAUUAUGCCAGUAAGUGCCACUUUUUUGACUCGUCUUGAUGCAAAUCAGUAGGAACAACAAAGCCUAUGGUACUUGUGGUUUGCAGAUUACAAGUUCAAAAGUCAAUUACUCAUUUGUUUAGCUAAGAUCUAAUUCAAACUCUUUUUAGCCAGGGAGUACAUAAUUCUCAAAAUAUCUUCAAUUUUACCAAAAUCUGAUUCUUUAAACCACUGUAGGAGUUUUAAAUAGUGAAGCUAGCUAGUUCACUGUCAUAUUUUGUAAUAGUUAAGUCAUGAGUUUAAUUUUAUAAAAGACUUUUUAUCAAGUGGUACUUUUGAAAUGCUUGAAGGGCCCCUGUCUACUUAAAAGAAGUAGCAAGAGGACUAAAAUGUUCUUACAUGAGAUUCUGCUCCUUUAAAUCAUCUACAUAAAGUAUAUUUUCUCUGCGGAGUCUUUAGGCUAGAACAGACCAAUAUUGGCAAUUACACAAGGAUUAAGUGUACCUGUAAUUAGGGAGGAUUCAUUUGGGCUUUUGUACGAGAAAGUUGAAAGCUGCUCAUCAAGUUUAUGUGCGUGCAUUUUGUGUGUGCCUCACGCACGAAGUGGUGGUGACCUGCAGGUCUUUGAUACCAGAGGAUUCCAGCAAUCCUCCUCAUACUUGCAAGAACAAAGCUUAUGGUGGCUUGUGUUGUCGUAAGAACACAGAAGAAUAUGCAUAGCUUUAGUUCAGAUUUGCCUGAGCACUUAAGGCUGCUUUGGCAGCCUUGCUCGUAAACUGAAUUGCUGCCUGCUCAAACAUACAGUAGCCAGGGAGGAGCAGGGGAAUGCAUGUGGAAAUCUCAGUCUGCAGUCUCCAAGGCAUAAAUAUGUUUGAAUUGCAAGAGUAGGAAGAUUCUGGGUUGCAAUUUCAAAAAAAAAAAACCCAUUAUUUGCAUUUCUCUAUGUAAAUGUGCCUGGUAAUUAAUAUGACCCACCUAAGAGUUAACCUGCUCGUCGGGAACACAUUACUACCCAUCCUACUAUGCAAUGCACACAGUAAGCUUAAUUCUUUUUGAUGCCUCGGCAUAAAGUACUUUGUGAAAAAUUCUCAAAGCUCGUAACUGUGGCCGGUAACUGUUUCUUGGUCUGUGGUAUUUGGUUGCUGAAGCAGUAACAUGGGUAAGUUUUAGUAAGAGGCUAUAGGGGUGGCAUAGGGCACCCAUGUAGCUAUAGCUUUGUGCAACUGGACAGUCAAGCUGCGUACCACAGUUUUUCAGUUAAAAUUACCAAGAAAUGAUUGAGUGCAUCCAGGCUCACCAUUUACUUAUUUGGCAUCUCUCUCUGACAAGUUCUUUGUGUCUAGAUAAAUAUUUAAAGAAAACACCUCAUCACUGAAGUAGAAUUGAUUAUAGCUCCAUACUAAUUUCAAAGAUAUCCUAUUUAAAAAAAAAAAGUAUCUUUGUAAAAUUCUGGGCUUUCCAUAGAUAUACCUGCUUCUGCUAUACAGUACACUGCUAUACAGUGUAUGUGUAUAUAUAUAUAUACUAGUAUACUGUAGUAUAUAUAUCCUGCUAAACAGUAUUUUGUUCCAUUGGUUAACUCACCCACCUACUAGUCUUAGUUCUCCUGAUUUGAUAGUAACUGUUCUUAUGCUGGUCUAAUUCUUAACUUUGUGAUCGACCCUUGCAAAAGCAAAGUGCACAAAGGAGGCUUGAUGCAGUGUGUGACUCUGAAAAUUAUUUGGGGGCAACCAUUUCAUUCACACUAAAAUGCAGAGCAGGAAAACUCUGAAUAGAGUCCUAUGUAUCCUCAGUUCUGACAGCACAACUGAAAGCUUUGUUCUUUUUCCAUUAUAUAAACUGAACACCUUUUACAAAGGGUGUGUCUGUAUAUAAUAUGUAACUUUUAAUGUUACCUGUGUAAUAUCAUAUCUUAUAUAUAUGGACACAGGUACACAUAAGUAUUUUUUAAAUUAAGAUUGUAAUAUCACCAGAUCUGCUCUUGGAAAUCCAGGGGGACCAAAAUAUUUUAGCAUUCAAAAUAUUAAUUUUAUAUCAUUUCAAGUAUAUACCAAAACAAUUUCUGAUUUAAAAACUGAUGCAAAUGUUUGUAAAUAUGAAUGCAUUAUACAUUCAUUCAAGUUUCAUGGAUUUAAUCAGUUUGGCAUUUUGGUAGCAUUGAUGCCUCAGUUUACAGACUUGUGACCGCGUGGAUAUGGACAUGAAGAAUAAGGAAAAAUUGGAAAUGAUCUUAUCUGAAAAGCUCAAAAUGUUGUUUUUUGGAAUGCCGAACUUCUUCAGGGACCUUCCAAUCUUAAAAUGCUAGAAUUCUGGGACAUUUCUCAGGCUGACUUUCCAAGCAUGGCACACUUACGCCCUCAAAUGGUUUCUACUUGUAAUCCUAAAAGACACUGUGUGUAUAUAGGAUAAAGACUCUGGGCUUGAUUCUGUAGGGGCAUGACAGUGUCAAGAGUAAGAGGCUCUUUUUUCUUCUUUUUUUUUUUCUCCUCUCCUCCUUCCAUUGCCAUGAAAUUCACCAUUUAGUUCCUUGUCUUUACUGUGCCAUUGAAACGAUUACAAGUUGUUAAUCAUCUUGUGUAAAAUAAAACAUUAUCAGUUGCUUUAAACUCAAAUUACCUCUUUAAAGACCAAGGUACAUUUACCUCAUAUGUAUAUAAUGUUUAAUAUUUUUCAAAACAUUCUCUGGGUUUGCAGUUAUUUCUAGAAAUGUGGGUAAACUAAAUUUACAACUUCGCUGGUACUAAAUGUAUUAUCUGAUGCCCUAAAACACAUCCAUUUUCUGUAUUUUAUUGUGUUACUGCGAGUUUGCUGCUUUGUCAAUGUAGCACCUGCCCUUACAUAGCUGUGUGGACACUACCUUGUAUAAACUUUAUUUCUUGGGUGAUAACUUUGAGGAUCCUGUACAGAUGAGUGUCACUUUUUUAAAUUUUACAAAAUUGUGUAUUUCCCCAUACAUUUAUGAAAAUAUGUAUUGUAUUUGUAGAGUAUACAUUUCAAUGGAUUGUAAAUAGACAGUAGAAGAGU